AUGGCCGAGGUGCUCGGGAUCGUAGCGGGUGCCACCCAGUUACUUGACCUCAGCGCUCGAGUCUUGGUCGCGUCGUCCAGCCUGUACGGCAAACUCAAGAACAUCCCCGAUGAGAUCGAGACCCUCAAGAAGAACACGGAACUCUUCAUCGACCUGCUCUGGAUGAUCAGCAGCGACUUUGACGGGCCCAUCAACUCGCAAGUUCACUCCCUCCAUGUCACUCAUCGAAUCACGUCGAUCCUUCACGACGCGAGAAAGGAAUCCGAGGAGCUCGCCCUACUCCUUGAGGGCCUUUCUGCCAACAACUCCAGCUCAGUGAGGCGCAAGUGGUCCGCUGUCGUCAGCACAACCAAGGAAAAGGACAUCGCAGAGCGAUGCCGCCGAAUCGAGUCAUUCAAGUCGACCCUGCAGUUGUGGUAUCAGCAUCAAAGCAACGCAAGGUUGCGCAGGGUCGAACAGCAACUCUCGCAAGUGACGGUUUCUCAAACGGCGGCUCACACAAGCAUGAGUUUACUGGCCCACCAGGCACGCCCGACAUCUACCGUUAUAGACUCGAACACAGCUAUUAUGAAGCGCCUUACCUCGUAUGAAGACCCUGAUACUUCUCUCGACAGCCCUCUUGGGCACCGUCGACGCCGGCCCAGACGCAACGGCGCCCUUUGCACUUGUCGUCCUUGGGGAUCGAGUACGUCCUUAUUCAUCUAUGGGCUCCAACUCUUCUGCUCCCAGGAGAUCUCUCACUCGCCGAAUUGUCCUCACAAAGAUGGCUUAACUUCGUGGUCAUGCGGCGUGCGUGCCCUCAAUCUAAAAAUCCAGAUGACAGUUGGAAUCCAGCUUGGCGGGUGGACCUUAUCCAUGGUUGGAAGACUAUCCCCUCACAACCUGGUCGACCCAGAAAAGUCUCCUGCUUUCAUCGCUGUCAAGGAAGCUUCGAGGGACCUGCAGGCAUUCCAGGCGAGGGGCUUUUCCUCGAGCCAGCCUGGAUACCGAAUUCGGGAAGAAAUCAAGUCAAUCUUCCACAUUCUCUUGCAAAAGCUUCGUGAAUCAUUUGAAUCUGGCACGGCUUAUCCAAGCGAUCACACGCCUGGAAACCUGACUCUUCUUCAUUGUGAUAGCUACGACGACAGUGAUGACGAUUACUACAGCGGCAAUGAUUGUGGUGAUGACGGCAGCAGCGAACGGGGUGAAAUCCAAGAGGAAGACCGCCACCUGAAACAAGCCUUGGAUUCUUACCUUGAGUUGUACCUCUGCCUCCUCCGCACAUAUGCAGACCGUUUUGAAGUUUUCUGGAUCUCAUGGUGGAUUGCACUCGAGUACUUCUUACCUUUCGAGGCGAACAGCAUAUACCACUGCCGUCGCCCUCUCGAAUUGGAUAAUGUCUGCGACCCUCAAAGUUAUGACGAGGCUCAAAGCCAUGACAGCUAUGAACCAAAUGUCGAGGCCAUCACGGCCUUCCUCGCUGACUGUGUCCCGCAGCUCCGUUCUGAAACAAGAGCAAGAUUUUUGGAUCAAUUAAAGCCAACUGAGGAUGAGCUCUGGUACUAUGUCGUACUGGUUGACUACGAUAGCUCGAUCUACGAUAUUGAUGGGGAUUGGGAUGAUAGUGAUUGA